AUGGUCAUUUUUUACCGUCGGUUCCUACCGAACUGCGCUGACCUCAUUCUGCCGCUCACCAACAUGCUUUCUGGUCCCAAAGGUCCCCUAGAGUUGACUGAUGAAGCACUGACUGCUUUUGAGAGAAUCAAGAAUUCCCUUGCCCAUGCCACCUUACUCACACAUCCCGCUCCCGAAGCUCAGCUGUCUCUGAUGGUAGAUGCUUCGACCGUAGCCGUAGGUGCAGUCCUUCAAAAACAUCUUGCUGGUUCGACUCAACCACUUGCCUUUUUCUCCAAAAAGCUCUUACCAGCUGAGACACGCUACAGUACUUUUGGCCGUGAACUACUUGCCAUUUACCUGGCUGUGAAGCAUUUCCGGCAUUUCCUUGAAGGUCGUGACUUCACUGUUUUCACUGACCACAAACCGAUGACUUUUGCACUUCGUUCCCACUCCGACAAGUACAAUCCGAGGGAAAUCGCCCACCUGGACUACAUCUCCCAAUUCACCACCGACAUCCGCCACAUUGAUGGCACGAAGAAUGAGGUGGCUGAUAUGCUGUCCAGACCCUCACUGUCUUCCCUCCAACUCACACUCGGGAUCGAUCUUUGUGUCAUGGCGGCUGAGCAACAGCGAGUCGGUUGUCCUGCUGACGAGUCUGUUAGUGGUCUCCAACUCAAAGACGUUCCUCUGACCACCGGCUCUGGUACCAUGCUUUGUGACGUCUCAACUCCCUUUCAUCGCCCUUUUGUGCCCGCCUCGAUGCGUGGAGCCGUAUUUCAAACUUUGCAUGGACUCUCCCACCCUGGGAUCCGAGCCUCUCAAAAGCUCCUCACGGAAAGGUUUGUCUGGCCUGGCAUGAACAAGGACGUCAAAGCUUGGGCUCGGUCGUGUCUGAGCUGCCAGCGCAACAAGGUGCAGCGUCACAACAAGUCCCCACCAGGCACUUUCCCCAGUCCCGACGCACGGUUCAGCCAUGUGCACCUGGAUGUCGUAGGCCCCUUGCCUCCAUCCAAUGGUUUCACCCACCUCCUUACCUGUGUCGAUCGAUAUGCUCGCUGGACUGAAGCUAUUCCUUUGCCGAAUACGCAGGCUGAAACCAUCGUGAAGGCAUUCGUCAGUCGUUGGGUCGCCAUGUUCAGUGCCCCAUCCACGGUUACGACUGAUCGUGGUGCACAGUUUGAGUCGGCACUCUUCCAAACGCUACUCAAUUUCCUUGGCUGCACAUGCAUUUGGACGACAGCCUGCCAUCCAGCUGCCAACUGUAUGGUUAAACGUUUCCAUCGUCAGCUAAAGACCGCCCUGCGUGCCGUAGAUGAUCCAGGAAACUGGUUGGACAACCUUCCUCUUGCACUCCUCGGCAUCCGCGCAGCUCGGAAGUCGGAUCUGGGUUGUAGCGCAGUUGAAUUGGUUUUCGGCACUACCCUCCGACUGCCAGGCGAGAUGAUCACUCCAGCCUCUCGUGGGGCCGACGAGACUCCUGACAAUCUUAUGCACCGUUUGCGGCAAUUUAUGUGCUCGCUUUCCCCAGUUCCACCUCGAACUCCAAUGACUGAGUCUUAUGUCGAAAAAGACUUGGACAAGUGUACUCAUGUGAUCGUCCGGUGUGACCGUGUGCGCCAGCCGCCGGAAUCACCAUACGAAGGACCGUUCCGCGUGCUCGCGCGCAACACCAAGCCCUUCCGGAUUCUUCGCAGUGACAAGGAGGACGUGGUCAGUGUCGAUCGGGUCAAGGCUGCUGUUGCAGAGGAGCCGCCAGACCCGUCACAAGGGCAAACAUGUACUGACCCCCUAACCCCUGUUCCUCCAUCUUCCCUAUCCCCUGCCCAUUCACCCUGCCCACUGCCUCGCCAUUCCCUUCCCUUGCCCUCCACCCCUCCGUCCCGCAUACACCCUCUCCCUACAUGUCUACAGCAUCCAACUACAACAUCAUCGUCCACCAUAGCAAGCAGUCAACCCUCUUCGACUGUACCUCCUGCUUACAUCACCCGCAGUGGCCGUUACGUUCAUUUCCCGGAUCGUUUAGUUACGCAUUUUUUCUAG